GUUAUCGGCGUCCUUGGUCCCUUAUCUCCGCCUCAUGGGCGCAUCAUAGGCCGGCGUUGGAUUCCCUGGCGGUCAGACAACGCUACUGCCCUUCAGCCCUACCUGCACUGUUAUGACGACUCUUUUGUGUCCUUUUGCGUCGCUGACCCGUUGAUCCAGCGUCCUUCCCCCACCUCCGCCUCGCUACACCGUCCCCGUCGCCUAUGCGGCCGGAGCGUCGAAUGGCAUGGCGGUGCCGGUUGUAGAAACCAACAAUAUAAUCAGUCAUCCGGAGGGUGGCUGUCCCUUACAAGCCGGCGAAGGUACCUACCACCUCAGAGACAAUUUACACUUGGCCACGCCUCCUCCGCAUCCUUCCGAAGCACCCGUCGUGAAUCCUAAUCCACUUGCGACCGUUCCGACUCCUCCGACAUCUGGCGUCAAGCUCUCGCUAGUUAGUAUUGGUACCCGGAUCAAGACUCCCACUCUCCCUCUGGAUGGAACCGGAACCGCACCUCUGUUCGGAGAAGGCAACCCAGCUUUAGCGGCGCCUAUUGUGAAGGAAGGGUUAAAAAGAAGGAAACCGAAGAACAACAUCAUAAAGAGCAGCUCGUCAUUUGUUUCGCGGGUCAUUACACAUGAGGCGGCCACGAAGCGAUUGAGCGAUCGGAAUCCGGACGGGCUUUUCGCCUUUGCCAACAUCAACCGAGCGUUCCAAUGGCUGGAUUUCAGUGCCAAGCAGAAGGAAGAGCCUGUUACCAAGAUCCUGUUCACCAAAGCGCACAUGAUUAGCCACGACAUCAAUGAGCUGACCAAGAGCUCGUCACAUAUAGACAUUAUCAUGGGUUCAUCGGCUGGAGACAUCAUCUGGUACGAGCCGAUAUCUCAGAAAUACGCACGUAUCAACAAGAAUGGGGUCGUCGCCAAUUCUCCUGUGACACAUAUAAAAUGGAUUCCGGGUUCGGAGAACCUCUUUAUGGCCGCCCAUGCCAACGGACAAUUGGUGGUAUAUGACAAGGAGAAGGAAGAUGCUCUCUUCACACCGGAGCUCAGCAGUCCAUCGGUUGAAACGGUGAAGUCGUCAGGCCGACAACCACUGCAGAUCCUGAAGUCUGUUAACUCCAGAAACCAAAAGACCAAUCCGGUUGCGCUGUGGAAACUUGCGAACCAGAAGAUCUCGCAAUUUGCCUUUUCUCCGGACCGCAGGCAUCUGGCGGUUGUCCUGGAGGAUGGCUCGUUGCGAGUGAUGGAUUACCUCAAGGAAGAGGUUCUGGAUAUUUUCCGCAGCUACUAUGGCGGACUCAUAUGCGUCUGCUGGUCGCCCGACGGCAAAUACAUCGUGACCGGUGGCCAAGACGAUCUCGUAACAAUCUGGUCACUGCCAGAGCGCAAGAUUGUCGCACGCUGCCAGGGCCACAACUCGUGGGUUUCGGCGGUAGCUUUUGACCCGUGGCGCUGCGAUGAGCGGACAUACCGGUUUGGUAGCGUGGGCGACGAUUGUCGCUUGUUGCUAUGGGAUUUCAGCGUAGGGAUGCUGCACCGUCCUAGGGUCCAUCAAGUCAGCGCCCGCCAACGCACCAGCAUGGUCGGUUCCAACACUCAACACCUCAACCGCCAUCGAGCCGACAGCGGGGGAAACCGAAUAAGGUCGGAUUCCCAAGAAACCGCAAACACCUACAACAGUUACGACCCAACCGUUCGCCAUCCCGUUGAGCCCAGAGCGCGAACAGCCCUCCUCCCACCGAUCAUGUCCAAAAUCGUCGGCGAGGAUCCCAUCUGCUGGUUAGGCUUCCAGGAAGACUCGAUCAUGACCUCUUCCCUUGAAGGCCACAUCCGUACCUGGGACCGUCCCCGCGAAGGCAUCAACGACAAUUACAGUUCUUCACCGGCGAUAAGCGCCAGCGCAACCGGGUCUGCCUUUGCUGACUCUGUGAUGGGAUCAUUGUGAACACUGCUACACAACAUACCCAAACACCGCUCGGUCUGACGUAGUGCCAUUCCCGUAGCUGCUCUGUAAAUAUGUCUGUACACUUCUAACCAGGAAUAUACCCAUUGGAAUAGUAUCAUACCAUGUUUCCCAACUCCGUGGUUGGACAAGUACGUACACGCCAAGAGACGGGAUAAACCAACCGCGAACUCCGUCGAUGCAUACGAUCCAUCAGUUUCCUUUUUCGGCCUUCGUAUCGGGAUUAUCCCAAACUUUCUCCAGACCGAAUAAAUCAAGAAAGAUAGUACCUAUCACACACCUACCCACCCAGCCAUAACCUUACCUACCUACUUCUCACACACCAACAUACCCGGUAUCUAAAUACUUUCAGCCUAAGACAAUAGAUACUAGGUGUGUUACAGUUACACCCU